AUGACACUGGAACAAGCAAAGAGAAUGGUACAAUCGGUUCCUCUACCUGAGAAUGAUAUCAUUCUGGAAAUCUUAUUGAGGCUUCCGGUCGAAGCUGUUUGCAAGCCAUGGCUGUCUUUGAUUUUCGACCCUUUUUUCAUCAAAUCCCAUCUUAAACUAUCAUCAACUAGAAUUGCACAUCAUAGAUUAAUUUUCUUCAAUGACAGUCGAGAAAAAACCCUUCAAAGUUGUCCUCUUAAUGAUGUUUUGUAUGAUAAAUCUGUUGUUAAUUCCUUGGACCUUGUGUGUCCAUCUGAUCUUCCAUUGAAAAGUCAUUAUGCGUAUCCUUUUAGAAUCGUCGGUUCAUGUGACGGAUUAAAUACAAAUAAAGAACAUAACAGAAAUAGAAAGAAUGGCAAAAAACGGGCUGAGGAUAUGGUUAAACCAAGGUCCCUUAAACUAGGGGAUUUGGGUGAAUGGUUAUGCGUGCUUUGUGAUUAUCGUUUAACUUGUGCAAAUGUAUGGGUGAUGAAAAUUUAUGGCGUGCAAGACUCUUGGACUAAAUUAGUUUCCAUCUCGUAUCCAGCUAACAAUUGUAUUUUUCGUCGGCCUUUCUUUAUCUCGAGUGAUGGUACAGUUUUAUUGCAAUCGAUGUGGAUAUUGGUUGUGUGUGAUACCAAAGAUGGUUCAUCCUCCGCAGUUGAAAAUUGGAAUGGACUUACUGCUGCGUAUACCUUUGUUGAGAGUUUGGUUUCACCUUAUCCCUCGAUCAGCACUUGA